UUCCUUGCUGAGCUACCAAGUAUGUGGUCAUGCCUAGGGUGUCAGCUUAGAGAAGUAUAACUUCCUGUGUAAGGGAUGCUAAUGUAAGGGCCUGAUAUAUUAUCCACAUGGAUAUUGACAUGGGCAGAGGGUAGGCAGAGAAAGGGCAGGCAAAUUCUCGGGCAGGAAGGUGGACUUUUGAAAUUGAAACUCGACAGUAUUUGCAUCUAUUCUGAGAAGAAGAAACCUCUUCCCCAUCCUCAGAUAGCCUGAGUCCUCUACUCUAUCCUCUACACUUGGGACGGCUGGAGGGACAAACAGCAUACAAGACCUUCCAGAGAAAAUCUACCGGAAUAGCCCUUGAAGUCUUGGGACUCAUCUUGUCCACAGGAGGAUGAAUGGACAUGACAUGGUUUCAGGAUUGGUGAUUGAUAGGAGAGCCAUCACCUUGGCUAUCAUUUUAUUCCUUUUGUGCCUGGUGGCAGAGAUGGGCAAUGGCUUCAUCACUGUGGCACUGGGCAUGGAGUGGUUACUAUGGAGAACAUUGUCACCUUGUGAGUUAUUGGUCAGCCUGGGAGUCUCUUGCUUCUAUGUGCAGUGGGUGGUGAUGAGUAAGAACAUUUACGCUAGAAUUGUGUGUCCACUGGCCCUUCCAUACAACCCUGUACUAUAGUUUCUAGCCUUAUAGUGGGACUUCUUGAACACUACCACCUUUUGGUUCUCUACCUGGCUCAGUGUCCUCUAUUGCAGGAAAAUUUCAACCUUCACUCACCCUGUCUUCCUCUGGCUAAAACAGAAGGUGUCUGGGUUGGUUCCCUUGAUGCUGCUCAGCUCCAUGGGGUUCUCUAGCUUGAGCACCAUCCUAUUUUUCACAGGCAACCAGAGCCAAUAUCAGAACUUUUUAAGGAGAGGUCUGCAAUAUUGGAAUAUCAUCAGGAAUCCUAUAAGGAGAUCACAUGAGAAAUUCUACUUCUUUUGUUUAAAAUUCGUUACUUAGGCAGUUCCUGCUGUUGUCUCCCUCACUGGUAGGAUUUUACUCAUCAUGUCUCUCGGAAGACACACCAAUAAGCCCUUUCUGUCUGUCUCGGGCUUUUGCCAUCCUAGUGCCCAGGCACACAUCAGGACUUUCCUGGCUCUCAUCUCCUUUGCUAUCUUCUUCAAUUCCUAUUUUCUGUCACUGGUGCUCAGUGCUGCAGUUAUUUUUCCAUCUUAGGAAUUUAGGUACUGGGUGUGGCAGACAGUGAUUUAUCGGUGCACAGUAGUCCACCCCAUCAGUCUACUCUUGAGCAACACCAGGCUGAGAGUGGUGCCGGAGAGGAGCUGCUCCUCAAGGCAUGGGGCAUCUUGA